AUGAAGGUGCACUUGUUUUUCCUGAUCUCCCUCUGUAUCAAUAGUUCACUUGUUGGUGCUCUACCCUCCGACAAGACUAUGAGCCCCAAGAACAUUGGACAUGACAAGGCCGUCCUCCUCCUGCACGAUGGAACCACAAAGACUAUCGACAAAAAGGAUCUAAGGCUCAAUCUGGGUAGCGUUGCUCUCGCGCCCCCUACCGAUUCUUUCCCUAAAUUCUUCGAGACCAAUUAUAGCAAUUCCACCUCGUCAAGGCGUCUGAGCAAGCGCGCCGGUGCCCAGUUCAUCAUCCCUCUUCCUGAUGCCGAAUUCCUUGGCUGGGACAUCCCAAUGUCCACCAUCGUCCAUGCCAACGAGGCCGAUGCCACCGCUGCUAUGGCUCAAGGCCAGAGUAUCGCAAACAGCAUCUCAGUUAGUACCUCGCUCACGGCCACAGUUGAGAAAUUCCUACAGAUCGGUACAACCAUCAACUACCAGUGGACAGAGACCGCCACGCUCACCGGUACGGUUACGAUGACAAUUCCGAAGAACAGAUGGGGCGCGAUCGUUAGCAACCCUCUGACCUUUCGCAAGAGCGGGUACAUUUUCAACGGACAACCUGGAAGUGCACAAUACGAGUACUUCCAGGCGGAUUCUUUCACCCAGAAUACCUAUACCUACGGUCAGAACUCCCUGUCCUGGGUAAAGGGUGUGGUUACAACUUGCUUGGGGGAUUCUUACCCUCUGAAGCGCUGCCUUGGGGAGGGUGAAAUGAAAUAG